AAGUCCAUUAACUUUUUCGAAGGCUUUCACCUUCUUACUUUGGAUAUAGACUCUUAAUGGUGUCAACAGUCUGAAAUUUGGCAAAUCUACUGCUAACAAAUGCUUCUUUGAACCUCUCUGUGAGGCUUAUAAAUCAUUUUCUCAUGAGCCAAGAAGAGAGCUCUAGUAGCCCCUUGUGUGUGGAAUGGUAGAGAAUUGCCACUUACUCCAUUUUUUCCCUUCCUAGUUAGCUGCAGAGGGUAGAGUUAACUGCUCAGCAUAGCCAGUGUAAUCAUAAUUAGUGUAAAAUAUUAAUGUUUUUCCCACUUGUGUAUGUUUAUACUCUACUCCCUAGUUCUGUGAAUGUAUUUUUUUUCUCCUUUGCUGGAUUCUCUAGUUGCCAACAACAACUAAAUUUCUCUGAAAAAUUAAUCAAAUCAUUUAAAAAGAUUUUACUGACACUAUUAGUUAAAAAUAAAAAGAUUAUUUUUAAAGAGAGGUUUUAUGUACCCAGUUUUAAUAUUUUCUUGUUUAGUGCUAAAAUAUUAAGACCUAAAAUUGGGGAUUUUGUUAGUAAAUAUAAUGUAUUUUUAAAGUUCUUUGAAAAUGUAAGAAAUGCCAAAGAAAUUUAAUUUGGUACUUUAUGGAAUUAUGAGCUUUUUGUGGUUCGGUGCUGCAGGUGGGAAGUUGAGAGGAUUUAACCACUGUGAGUGAAAGUAAUCAGAGAGUAUAAGAAUUGAUGAAACUUUAACAGGAUUUUUCUCUUGGCUAUUCCUCACCACUCUCCUAACUCCAACUAUUAAAUCCCUUCAUAGUCUUCCCAAAUACCUGUCCUCAGUUCUAGUCCCAUGUCUCGCUGUUUUCUACUGGAUGCUUCUGCCUCAUUAUUCCACCUAAACUCAAGCUCAUAAUGAUUCUUUCAAACUUACUCUCCAAAUUUCAUGUUUUCUCUGGAGCAGUAUUCAAAUAGAUUUUUCAUUCUCCUACUGUGUCUAAUCACUUAUCAAGUCCAACAUUUACCCCACCAUUCCAUUCUUAUUGCCCAUCACCUGAAUCCAGAAAAGAUACGCAGUGACUCCCUGAUGCUUGGGUGACCAUAUGCCCCAGUUUGUUUGCAACUUGCUAGUCUAUAUUUGUUUUAGAUCAGUUACCACCUGCUAAUUAUUUUUAGUGCCCUAUUCACUUUCAGAAGUGUCCCUGCUUGGACCAUAAAGUUUGUGUUCACCCUCCCUACUACCUACAGGUAACAUUAAGCAUCCUUGUUUCAUAAUGUUGGAUGUUUUCACUUGUACUCUCCAUUCUGUUGUCUGAAUCUCACCUUUUCACAAAGUAAUUGUUCAUCCACUGUCACUCAGUAUUUUCAGUAUUAAACUGUUUAAGUUUGUAACUAGGUUCCUUAGUCAGACUGCAAGGGCCUCCAGAGCAAGAGUCCCAUUUUAUAGACACAACUCUGUUUCCCUAGUAGCAUUUAGCAGCAUAUACUAAAUGGUCAGUAUAAUCAAUCAUGCACUGGAGCAGAGGCAGUAACCUAGGUUAGCAUUGUUGUUGAGCUAUUAUUCUGGGGCAAAGAAUUUGAAUCAUCAGAGGGAUUUGUACUUGCAUUUAGUAAGUAUGUUAUCUUGGUUUUGCCAAAUUUGAAUUGAAAUUUUUCUUCAUGGUUCCAUUUAAUUACCAUGCUCUGUUUUUCCAGAGUUCUAAUCCUGUUUUCUUUUUUUAUUUUUGUGUCCUUGCAGUCGUCCUCUGUUUUGUUUCAUGAUGCGAGAAGUAUUGGUCUUUGUUACUUUUCUUAGGGAGUCACAAGCUUCCCUCAGAAAGCUAGCUUAGAAUAAAGGCUCCUGUUACCCUUAACUGCAUUUCUUGGUCAUUGUGUUACCAAGUCCAAAUUAACCUUCAGAGCAUGGUGUGGGGGGCUUUCACAGCAUCUGAGGGAACCCUGAUGGCAUUUAUCACUUUUGAGCUUCAGUGAUGCUCCCCCUGACUUUAUCUGGUUAAAUGGUUUGUCCACCUUCCUUAAGUUGCUCUUUCAGCCAAGGAAGGCAGCCUGUUCAGGCUGUUUUCUGGCCAGGUAUAUCUUUGCUACUCUUCUCCUUUGCUAGAACUCUUAAGUAUUACCAGGUAGCCUUUUAGUAAUAAAGCAACAGACACACAACUCUUCACACACAACUGGUGAGUCUGGGCAUGGAAAGAAUGUGUGUAACAAGAAGUGUUAUUGAGACUAGCAUUUGUUCAGAUGCCAAAAAAUGGUGAGGACAUUCUUCCAAGUGUUGUGUAGUAUUCUGGAUCCUCAGGACUUUUUCACCCCUACCUCUUACUAGUCUCCACAUUCUUGGACCCAUGAUAUUAGUCUCAUUCUACAGACAUCCAUUCUUUCUUUGUGUUGGUCAUUCUGCCUGAAGUACCUGCUCACUUCUCUGCCUGCUAAAAGCUUUCUCAUUUGGCAGACAAUUGAGCAUCUGCUCUGUGGCAGCUUUUGGGCUAGGCCCUGGGGUACAAAGAUGAUAAGGCAGAGUUACUUUCUGCUAGGAACCAAGUACCUCAAAAGGGUAACAUGUGUAAACAAAAUUCUCCACAUACAAUAAUAAGUGCAAUGACAGAGAGAGACCCUAAGAACCCCAAAGAGGGGUGUUUCUUAGUUCUUGGUUAUGCUUUUGAGUGUAUAUUGCUUCCCUCUCGGUGCUGCCCUGUUCCAUUUUUUUUCUUUGACAAGUUAGUCUUUAUUACAUUUAAAUUUCUUAUUUUCAAAAGAAUGUGUUUUCCAAGGAGAGAACUCUUAGAAGCAUUAUGCCAUGCCUUGCACAAAUGUGGUAAAAUCAAGAAAAGAAAAUCUUGAACAUACUACCCUGAACUUUGUUCAUGCUCCCCUUUAACAUUACUUUGAGAGUGGUUUGUUUUACAUGUAUCUUGCUCCUCUACCAGAGGGCAGGCUGGUCUUAAAACAAUACCAGCUUCUGAUUUAUCCUUGUUUGUUCCCUAGGACCUAUCAAUAUGCUCUGCACAUUUUUAGUAAACCCCACAUUUGCAAAACUCUUGGAAAUUUUCCUUUAGGAACUACGUUUUUCCUCCUCAGAUUUGCUUAGAUUAGUAUGUCUCCUAGAAAUAGUGAGAUUCCCAGUCAAAUUUCCAGGCUUAAACCUUUUUGAAGUUAGAAGAAGAUUGAUUUCAGUUACUGAAAUGUCCCCUGAAGUACAUGAACAUUAUACCCAAAUAACUAUGAAUGCUGGGCCUAGGGCUUCUCAGUCUCUUAGGUUUUCAUAGCUUCCCUGAGCACCUGCACCAUUUGGCUGAGUAGCACCUUUAGUUUUCUUAGCCACCAUUGAGUUGCUCAUCACUUUGUCGUUAGACAUAAAUUUUUACUCUUUUUUUUUUUUUGAAGAUUGCACGUAAAAACAUUUCAUAUUUUGGCAAUUUCAGUUUCUGAAAGAUUUCCUUAAUAGUUGUGAUUUUAUAACUAAUCCAUGUGUUCCCUCAGACUUUGGGAAAUUACAUCAAAUACCUGAUUCCCCCUUCUUUAAAGAUUUCGCUGCUUUCCUCAUUCUGUAGCACCUUCUCCAUUCUGGAAGAAAAGGGCAGGCUGGAUGUCCCAGGGAUAUUUCUCUCCACCCCCCACCCCCUCUGCCCAGCCCACAGAGAUGGAGAUCUUGGCCUAUGCUCAAAGGUUCAUCAGGAUAGGUAUUUUACACCCUCCUAUUGUGAAUAGCUCUAGUGUUUGUUGUUGUUUCUUUUCACUAGAUUUGUUUGUCUAAUUUAAAUUUCUGACUUUUACUUUAAUUUGUUUCUCUUUUAUCCUCUGUGCUUUUCAUGUAUUUGAAGUCCCCACUCUGGUUUUCUCAAUUGGUUUAGCUUCUCUGCAACUUACUUGCUGGGUACUUGAGUUAAUUUUUCUUUAAAAAUGGGCAUCAUACUAGUCUUUACUGCAUCAAAGCAAUGUUGAGGAUCAAAGGAGCAUCCAUGUAAAAGUGCUUUUGGAAAAAAAAUAACAGAUGCAGUUAUGAAGAGGUGUUCCUUAUAAUCAUUUCCAAUCUAAUGAAAAAUAUCAUGGCAAAUCCUUUUUAUAUGUAUAUAUAUAUACACACAAAUACACACAUAUAUAUCCCUUAUUUCAAGCAAUUUUUAAUUAAAAAUAUGGUUCGAAUAGUUUAAAUGUUUUGUUGGUGUUGCUUAUAACAAGAUUUGUUGCAAAUCUUUCAUCCCUUUAGUCUCUUUUUGGAUUUUCCUAUGAAUCUGCUCUGUGUUUUCUGUGUAUGUCCUUGAGUGUUGUAGAAUCUUGGUAGCAUUCAAGACUAAGCUCUGAAGAGUCUCCCCCAGGCACCUCCAUAUGACCACUGUCAAUCUUUCCCAGUGGGAUGGAGGCCUUUGGGCAUCCCUUUGCCUUCAGAGUAAACUUGGGAAACAGUUGGCAGUUAAGGUCCUCUUGUUCUAAACUCUGAACUUAAUACUCCCUGGGAGAUCGCACUUGGAAGUGCUCUCUUGGGCAAGCCACCCUCCCUUAUGUGCUCUCUUUCUCCCCCUGAGGCAUGCCUAUUGGUCCCUUCUUUGUAGACAGUGUUUUGUGACUGACCCUGGAGCCUCUUUCUCCAGGGUCCUCAGAGAGUGCAUUUUUCCUGUACUACGCUGACAGAUAAAAGGAUCCCUAGGGCAUCUGGUGUGAAUUUUGGAGCUGUGGUUGUGGCUGUGAAUCCAGGCUGUUAUCAGAGAAGACUUAGCUUAAGUAUAAAUAAAUCUGUCAGAGCAGAACCCAAGGUCCCAGGCUCACCUGCCAAAGAGAAGUAAAACUAAAUGCAUUGCCUUCAUCCUCUUCCCCCCUGAGAAAUCUGAACCAAAUUAAUGUUUAAACUUGGGAUGUUAAAACAGGAGUGUGAGUGGUUUCGGGGGAGCUGUAUCUGCCCUGCAUGGCUUUGGGAGCCUGAUACAGUGGUCCAAACAGGCCUGAAGUCUGACUCCCCGCUGUGUUACUGUAAGAUAUCCAGGAAGGUGACUCAGUGUGUCUGAGCCUCUUUCCUCACCUAUAAAAUGAGGAGAGCUAAACCUACUUUGCAAGGUCCCUUCAAGCAUUAAACAAGGUUCAGCACUCAAUAAAUGCCAGUUCUUAUGUGUUUGCACUAAUUUCUAUAUCCAUGGACAAGAGGAGUUAGGAUGGGUGUGUGAUGAAUGCAGAGGAGAGGGAGGGGUUCAUAAAGAGAAUAAUUACGGGAAAGUGAUAAGAGCUAUAUCCGUACACUAUGGCUAAGCAGUGACAAGAAAGCAGAGAGGUGUAAAUGCCAAGGCGGGGGAUGAAAAGCAAGGAGAUUGGGGGAGAAGCCAGAGCUGAAAAUGGAGUGUCCCUGUUCUGUGUGGCAUGCUCCUGGGAGCUUGAUGUGACAGUCAGCUUCUCAUAUAAACUUCUUUCAGGGUGCUGAUAUAUAUGGCUUUCUGGCCUUACUGAGCUAGACUUGUGGGAGAGUAACAAUAGCAAGUACCAUUAUUGAGCCAAAUAGGAGAGUAGGUUCUUCCACACCCACACUGUUCAGUGUUCCAGGGAGGGGUCCAGAGUCCCAGGGGUUUGUCUGCAGUCUACACCUUCUUCACCAUUUGCUCCUUUAGGUACUAAGUCUGUCUCUCUAAUGAGGUAGUAAACCCUAAACCUAAUCCUAACCCUGUUCCCUUGAGUCAUUUUUUUGUCUCCCCUCCUUCUGUCCCUCGGGUAGUGCUCUGAACACUGGUAUAAGUGUUUAAGCAAAACAGGAGCACAGAAUUUUCCCCUGCUCAUUAAGUGAUACCACUGAUCCAAAAGUUGUUUCUUUUCAAGACAGGUCCCAACAGCUCCUUGGGAGGAGUGUGAGAAGGAGAUCCUAUAGGACUGCUGCCUCCUGCCACAAAACAAUUGGGCUAAAAAUUGUAAAAUUAUUUUAAAAUAGGGAUAUGUGGUUAUUUCCAUUUUACAGUUGAAAAAAGUGAGGUUCAAUGAGGUCACACAGGGUGUAUGUGGACUCCUGCUCCAUGCCCUUUCCACUCCCCUGACCCAGAGAUCUCCCUGCCGCCCAACUGAUAGGCCAGGCUCUCUCCACUCCACGGGGGUGGCAGCUCCAUCCAACCAUUCCACAUUCCCAUCCAGAGCUUGGGUGCCAGGACCAGCUCCUGGGCAAUUUCAGAUUUCCUGGUGAGUGGUGUCAUUGAGGGGUGGAGAGCACAGUGAACACAGGUCAGAUUCCCAGCGAGGGGCCAAGGGGAUUUUAUGGAGCUACUCUAAGGCCUGACCCUUUGCUGGGCGUUAAAAGUGCCCGUGUUUUAUGGGAGGAGGGUUCCUCACCCCCGUCUUUCUCCCUUAUGAAGAGAGGCUCAGAUAGGUGAAGUAACUAGUUUGACCGAGUGGGCGUGGUGAGGGAGGGUUUUGCCGCUGAGCCCGAUUGCUUAGUCUGAAGGUGGUGGGCUGCGGCCAGAACCCCCCGCAGCUGUGUCCAUGUGUGGAGCAGGAGUGCGGAAGUGCAGGCUUCUGCGGAGGGGUCGCAGUCCCGUGGAGUUCCAAGGGUGACGAGCCCCGGAUACAGAGUAAAAACAGCCAAAGGGUUGCAGGGUGGUGAGGGCCUCUGAGGGUGGAAGCGCGCGCGGGGUGGGCAGCCUCCUGCUCCGGCUCUGCAGGCUCCGCCCCCGGGAGCGCGGGUUUAAAAGGAGGGAAGGAGCGAACCGAGCGACUCGGAGACACUCGGAGCAGCUGCCGGGCCACUAGAGCAACUGGAAAGCGUGCCUGAGGGGAGCUGAGGCAGGGGACAUUAUGACCCGGCGGGCCGGUGGCGCUCGGCUACUCGCCGGCCUUCUGCUCUUUUCUCUGCUCGCUGCCGGCACCGCCCCGCUCGGCUGGGAUCUCCCGGAGCCACGCAGCCGAACCAGCAAGAUCCGAGUGCACCCGCGGGGCAACCUCUGGGCCACCGGUCACUUCAUGGGCAAGAAGAGCCUGGAACCCCCCAGCCCAUCCCCAUUGGGAGCAGCUCCCCAUAUCUCUCUGAGGGACCAGAGCCUGCAGCUGAGUCAUGAUUUGCUCAGGAUCCUCUCGCUAAAGAAAGCCCUGGGCAUAAGCCUCAGUGACCCAGCAUCCCACACCCAGGAAGCUGCUGGUGGAAAUACUGCAGAAGUGAUGCAAAUAAUGGGAUAGACACGACGAUGUGGCUUAGAUUGGGCCCACCUAGAGAAGGUGCUGAAUGGGACCAUGGUAAUGGCCCCAUCUGGAUGUAAAUCAUGGACUCAAAUCUCUAACUCCAUUACUGUUAUUUCUGGUUGGGGUCACCAGGAAUAUCACCAAUACAGACACAAAUAUGUUCUUGCUGUAUUUCUUCCUUCCCUGUUAAAGUUGUGAAUAAAACCCUGCUUUUUAUAUAGAA